AUGGAAGCUCGUUCUUUAACUGCCCUCAAUAAUCUUGCAGGCAAUCCGCCUCAAUACCCCAUCAACCCUGCGCAAGAGAGACAAGAUCCCCUGACUCUCUACAUCUCCAGAGUUCCUGGCACUCGAGAUGUCAUCCUCUCACCUUUCAAGCCGCAGCUAAAAAUCGUCAGCGCCGAAGAUGUCGCCAGCUGCCUUUACUAUGUCCACUUCGAAGCCCCCUCGUUAGAACCAGCAGGAGCGCAGCCUCGAGAUGAAGACCACCGAUCCUCGAGCGAUGAGAGCUCCUCGAUACUGAAUAUCAAGAGGAAGCCUGUUCCUGGUGGCGCAAGACCUCUAACACCUCCCGGAUCCGAAUAUCUUCCUGUCCCAGGCUACAGCGAUGCAGACCAAGACCAGACCCGCAGACGCGGCUUAUCGGUCAAUUCAACCUUUGAUCCUCGACAUACGUCCAGCCGCUAUGGCCACGAGCCAGAAGAAUCCAGCCCUGUCCUGCCUCCUCGGCCAACAAACCUACCUAGAAUCCAGACUCCUGAACCUUCAGUAUCUCGAAAGCCAGUUGGACCUCAGCCAACAACGAGAAGUGCGCUCAGGUCAGAAGACCAUCCUCUUCCACCUAUCCCUAGUUCGCACCCAGGAGCUUCCGAUUUCGACCGAAUGUUUGCGAAUCGACCAGGACGAGAAAACCGAGCCGCCCAAAGUCGUUCCCCAUCACCACAAAAGAACUAUGAGGGAAAGCAUCCAUUUACAUUAGCUCUGAUACGCCGUGAUCCCAGUACAGGAAACCAGUGGAACGUGGGACAUAUUUCAUCGUUUCAAACUGAAGCACCACCACCCGACCAGGACGAGGCGAAUCCGUUGUUCUCUUCUGUGCCACCCGUUGCGCAACCACCGAACACUGGAAAUCCCCCCAUCAACGUCCAGAUUGAGACUUUGGGAUACGGAAAGUUCCGCGGCAUGCCUGCGCGACGUAGUUUUGAUGCUGGUCCGGGCGCCGAUAUGAGUCAGCCCAAGAAUGGCGGUGUCGUACUGCAGAGACAGGUUGCGAUGGGCUAUGCAAAGAGCUGGGCGUUCAACUGGCGUGGGAAAAUGCAAGAUGGUGCUGGAAAGGGACAUGGGCGACAGGGUAGCGUUGGGUCGCUGGACUCUACAGAGGGAUCUUCACCUGUCGAGCCAGGAAUCUCAAUGCAGCCAGGCCCAGGCUUGAGACCGAGGGGAUACAUCUUUACAAGUCCCUGGAAUGGCCGAUGUGAGUUCCGAACUGGAGCCGCCGGCCGGAGUCUGCGAUGCUAUCAUAUUCUGCAUGACGACAGACUACCAAGCAAUCCUCUCGCCGAUAUUGGUAACGGACAAGCUCCAGGCAGCGGUGGCGGUAUGUGCAUGAGCGAACUUCGUUUCAAUCUCCCGACCGCAGAACUCUUCAAGUCUGCCGAAGGUCGUGAGGAAGUCAAGACUCAGCUUCAGGGACAUUUCAACAAACUCCUUCGUCGAGACGAGCGAAGCGAAACCUACGACAACGACGGCAUGGUGUCACCAUUCGAUCUGAACCUGGGCAAAGAGAAAGCCGGCGGUGGCAAUCGCGGAAAGAGAGCCAAGCUGGGUAAGCUCAUUAUUUAUCCUGAUGGUCUGAAAAUGCUGGAUUUACUGGUAUCUGCAAAUAUGGGCCUGUGGUGGCAGGCAUGGGAGAAGAGUUUCUAA